AUGCGAGGCCAGGGGCCCAAAGGGAGGCCCAGCCCCGGGAUCUCCGGUCUGGGGGACCGGCGACAUUGGGCUGAAGCUCCCCCCGAAGACCUGGAUAAGGGACCGGCCGUUCUUCCUCGGGGCAAACUGUUGAGGGGCUUGGUGGGUAAUCGGCGGCGCCCUUCUUCUGGAAGGGACGGCAGACUAAAGCUCCGAGGUCUCUUCUUGCCCCGGGCCUUUCCCACGCCCCAAACGGAGGCAGGUCUGGCCAGGCAUCCCGGGAGCAGCGGCUGCCGAGCAAGGAGCAGCGGCCCCGCCCCGCCGUCGAGUCCAAGUCCCGCCCAGGCGCCGCCGCCACAGCCGCUCACUCCAGCGAUGCCGCGGCGGGCGACGGAGCGCCUUUCCUACCGCCCCGGUUCGCGGGGCGCCCGCCUCAGCCUCUUCCACGUGAAACUGACCGACUCGGCCCUCCAGGCCUUGCUCGCCUACCAGCGGUGUCAGGUGGCGGCGCCUCGUCCCGUGAUCGCCUUCCAGGGCAGCCAAGGGGUAAGGAUAUUUCCCAGCACCGUGCAUUGGGCAGGGGUCCUGUCGAGUCCCAUCGCCGGGGCUGGGCAACGGAGGGGCGCCGUGGCCGUUGCUAUCGCCUAUCUGAAGGUGCCCUGCGGCGCCACUGCUGGCCGUCGUGACCCACGGACUUUCCGCUUCACCUUCUACCUCUCACGCUAUACGAAAGAGCAGCCGCAGGCCAGCUUUGAUUGCGUCCGCCAGGCCAGUACCAGGUGGCUGGAGGGCAGAGGAGCCAUCCAGGAGAAGAUCACCAUCUGUGCCAUGGUUGUGGAGGCCUCCCAGUCCAGAUGGGGGGUAGAGAGGUCGACCUGCCAUAGGGCAGCAGCUGCGUUCCCAAACCCAGAGACUGGCGCCCUCCUCCCAAGGAAAGCAGCCUCAGAGAGCCCCAGAGGGAAAGGCAAUGAAAGCAGUCCCCCAGCCAAUGAGCCCCCAUGGCCACCAGUGCAGGUGCUGGACGGAAGCGACCAGAGGGCUAAGAGGCUGUUGGGCUUGUUGGAGAGGCCACAGUUGCAGGCUGAGAUGGGGCAGCUGAGCCCCCCAGAAAGAAGUUACAGCUUGAAAGAAGACAGUCUGCAACCUAGAAAGGAGGCCUGGACAGGUGCUCUGCAGCAGCACCAGGAAGCAUCUGAGCACUUGCGCAGGAAAGAGGCCCAGCAAGCUUUGGCCAAGCCCUUCCCAAGCCCUCCAUCUGAAAAGUUUGCCCCUUCUCAAGGUGGUAGUCCUUUAAGAGCGAGACUACAACCUCUCCGAGCUGCACUUGGGCCAAGAUCCAGGAGAUGGCAGGGGCCUCACUUUACAGGAGCCGAGAGCAGCUGGUGGGGACGCAAAAUGCAGCCUGCAGCGGCAGUGAAAAGCAGGGCCCAGACCGAUUGCAGUGACAUCAUAGGAGAGGUUCAGAGCUCGGAUGAGGAACCUGAAGCAGGAAGUCAUAGAGCACCAGAGGUUGAGUGGCCAGGGGAAGAGGAGAGGCAGGCAGACCAUGCCAGCACCUCAGAGGAAAACCUCAAAUACUACUUGAAAUAUGUCCCCAUUUGCUCAGUAAAGCAGUACCGAGCCUACCAGGAGGACUUCAGUGCAGACUACACCACAUACCGCCACCUCCAUGCCAGGAUUGGGAGUGUGAGCAGGAGGUUUGCCCAGCUGGGCACAAGGCUUAGGCGAAUGCAGCAAGGAACCAAGGAGUACAAGGUCCUAGAAGAUCAGAUUUUGCAAGAAUACAGGCACUUCAAAAAGGUGUAUCCUAACUACCAAGAAGAAAAGAGGCACUGUGAGUAUCUGCACCACAAGCUCUCCCAUAUCAAGGCUCAAAUCUUAAACUUUGAGCAGAAUGUCCCUCCGGCUGGGCAGAGGGGCUGUGGCGAGAGGAGAUGAUGAGGGCAGCAUCACCUGCAACUCCUCACAGCAAGCACAGGGGGGCUCUAGUGUUUCAUUACAACUGCUUGCUCUUGGAGUGAGCUUUGUACAGCUUAAGAACAGGCCCGGCUUACAGUACAUUCCUCUUACGUUUUGGUCCAAGUCUGCUCUGCAACAUCUUGCUAGCUGAAAGCAAUUUGAAAAGAAACACUUAAAGCAGGGCGGGGGUGCUCCCUUUUCCCCAUCCUUCUGUAGCAACUUGUUUGUGGCAGCCUAAAUUUACUUCAAGCUAUCCACAACCAGAGCAGCCAUCUUUGGCUUGAAACAAAGCUGUGCUUUAGAAUUGUUUCAUAGUCAGCAAGUAUAUUCUUGUGCCUUAGAUUGGAAAAACUGGAGUGUGGGUAGUCUUGCAUUUUUAGUUAAGACGAAUCUCAAUAUGCUAACACUUAGCCUGUCCAACUCCAGUUGACAUUUGUUCAGACACUCACACCCAAGGCAGUAGGAACUUUGCUAGAAACCUUUU